GUCCCAUCCCUCACGCGCGGCCGGGUCCCCGCGCAGGCGCGCAGCCGCCGAGCCCUCCCGGCCGCUCUGGACACGCGCGGUCUCGGCAAUGGCGGACCCGGAGCUGCAGCUCGUAGCGCGGCGCAUCCGCGCUUUUCCGGAUUUCCCCAUCCCGGGCGUGUUAUUCAGGGACAUCUCGCCCCUCCUAAAGGAUCCCGACUCCUUCCGCGCCUCUAUCAAUCUCCUGGCGAACCACCUGAAGAAGACCCAUGGCGGCAAGAUCGACUACAUCGCGGGCCUAGACUCUCGAGGCUUUCUGUUUGGCCCCUCCCUAGCCCAGGAGCUUGGCUUGGGCUUCCUGCUCAUCCGAAAGCAAGGGAAGCUGCCGGGCCCCACCGUGUCUACCUCCUACGCACUGGAAUACGGGAAGGCUGAGUUGGAAAUCCAGAGAGAUGCCCUGGAGCCAGGGCAGAAGGUGGUCAUCGUGGACGAUCUGCUGGCUACUGGUGGAACCAUGUGCGCAGCCUGUAAGCUGCUGGACCAGCUGCAUGCAGAGGUGCUGGAAUGCGUGAGCGUGGUGGAGCUGACCUCGCUGAAGGGCAGGGAGAAGCUGGGGCCCGUGCCCUUUUUCUCCCUCUUACAGUAUGAGUGACCCAGGCGCCUUUCCCAACACCAGCUGGAAAAAGUACAGCCUGUUGCUACAGUGACCUCCAGUGGCCGCCAGGGGGCACUGACUGCCCACUUGGACUUUUUAAAAUCCUUUUCUAGGGUUGAGUGACUUUCCAGCACCUGGGACCCUUCCUGCAGGUUCUGGAGGCGCAGAGGUCUAAAGCUGAUAGCCCAAGGCAAAGCCAAGCCCAGGCUGCUCAAGUUCUUUUACAGAGAAAUGAAAACAUGAAUAAUCAACUUUGCUAGAA